UUCCUCGGUGAUGUAGCUGCGUUAAACAGCCAUGUGGAAUCGGCUGUGCUUCAUCCUAGCGGUGCUGUCCGCUAUACAAGCUACAACAAUCAGAAAGAAACGUUCCCGAGUCGAGCGACAGGCGUACUACAACAGCGGCAUCAACAAUAACUAUGUGUGGAAUACUCCUGUCGAUGUGGAGUUUGUCCUUGAUUCCUCGGACAGUGUGGGGGCAGACAACUUCCGGUAUAUGAUCCAAUACGUACAGAACCUGGUCCGUCACUGGGAGAUAGGCCCGCAACGUAUACAGGUGGGCGUGGUCACCUAUGGUAAUGGCGCCAGAAACCAGUUCUACUUUAACAACUACCAGACAAGCGCGCAGCUGGUCAACGCCAUAGGGAACAUCCAGUAUCAGAGUGGUGCUGCAGAUCUGGGAAAUGCUUUCAGAUUCGCCUAUGGAGAUGCCUUCACCAGCCAACAUGGUUCACGUGAUCAUGUGCCACAUGUCAUAGUACACAUCGGCAAUGGCGUCUCCAGUAACAAAGCCUUCACCCUGCAGGAGGCCCAGGCAGCCCGGGAUCACGGUGUAGCCAUCUACAACGUUGCUGUUGGAAGUGGUAUUGAAACCAAUGAGGUUCAAAAUAUCGCAACAAGCCCAGCCUCUAGAUACGUGCUCCAUGCGGACACCUACCAGUCACUUGACACCCUUGUCAAUCCACUGGCGACUAGGAUCGAAAACGAGGUUCCAGGUUCCAACACCAUGCUCCCUCAGCCUAACGGCUGUCUGCAGAAGGCGGAUCUGGUUUUUAUGAUUGAUUCCUCCUCCAACGUUGGCAUUGCCCAACAUCAACAGCUGGAGAACUUCCUGAAGAACUUCCUGAUCAGACUACCCGUCGGCAAGGACAAGGUGCAGGUUGGCCUGAUACAGUACAGCAGUUACCCCUCUGCUGGCUUCCCCCUCAGCAUGUACACUGACAGGAACGACCUUUUAAAAGCCGUGGACUCUCUGCGCUAUAUGGGCGGUGGAACAAACACUGCUGAUGCCCUCAAGUACAUGAGGGAACAAGCCUUCUCACAGACUUCUGGAGCUAGGACGGAUGUUCCUAGAAUCGGCAUAGUUGUAACCAACGGUCAUUCUUCUAACCCUACGGCCACCACCACUGAAGCUGACAAGGCCCGAUCUAGCAACAUCGGACUAAUUGGUGUCGGAGUUGGCUCAGGGCUCGAUUUGAAUGAAUUGAACAACAUUGCUGACAACCCACAUACGUCCAACACCUUCACCAUCAGUGAUUACGACCAGCUGCAAAAUUCCAUACCGCAGAUUCUUAAUGCUGCAUGUAACAUUAAUCGGAUGGUUCCCGGGCACACUGGAGGACAGGGGGUAACACAUCCUCCAGACACCUGUCAGGACAAGCUAACCAACUGCCACGAGUAUGAGAAGAGUGCGUGCGUCGAUUACAAGCCAUGGGCCACGGAGAACUGUGCUAGAUACUGCCAGAUAUGUACACCCCAGUUCACCGUCACUGAGGAGUGUAAAGACAAGCUGGACAACUGCAAGAUGUACGCGGCCGACACGUGUCAGUCUUUCGGGUCCUGGGCACACACCAACUGUCGUCAGUAUUGCGGAUUCUGUGGCGACAUCUCAGCAGGAUUCUUUGGGCAGUGUUUCUACAAGGGAAAGGCGUACAAGCAGGGAGAUCGAUGGGACGACGGUUGUGACUACGAAUGUGUGUGUGAGAACGGCAAUACCGGGAAAUACCGCUGCUAUAAUAAGUGUCCUAUAUAUAACGACCUGCCGGGCCAGUGCACGCUUGUGGUCACCCCGGGACAGUGCUGCCUCAAGCCCGUAUGCAACUUCCAGCAGAAGGUGACAACCAACACCGGAUCAGGGAUGGGCAAAACACCAACAGGAAUCAGCGUGUGCGUGUACGAUGGUAAACAGUACUAUCAAGACGAGAGUUGGGAAGUGGGCUGUGACUUCAAGUGUAGCUGUAUCAACGCUCAACGAGGGGUUUACAGCUGCCAGUCUUACUGCCCAACGUACAGCAACCUGCCUUCUUCCUGCCAUCUCGUCAAGUCUCCAGGCCAGUGCUGUGAAACACCAUCGUGUGACUUCAACCAGCAGGUCGGCAGUUUCACUGGAAGCGGGACCACUUCUGGUACCGGCAGUUCCAACAAGCCCAAAGAGCCAUUGCCGUGUGAGGAUGUCCUAACAAACUGCAAUAUGUAUGAAGCCUCAUCCUGCAAGGAUCCUUUCAGACAGUGGGCUAUUGACAACUGUAGGAAGACAUGCAAUUUGUGCGAGAACGGACUCUCCAAGCCAGGACCAAAUGAUGUGUGUUUCUAUCAGGGGAAACCCUACCAUCAGGACGAAGCCUGGAGCAUCUCGUGUGACGUGGAUUGUGUGUGCGAACAAGCGACAUUUGGAUACUACAGAUGCAGUAAUAAGUGUCCGAGCUACAUCAACAUCCCCAAUGGCUGUUACACCAAGAAGAAGACCGGGGACUGCUGCGAGACUGUUGUGUGUGAUAGGGGCUCUUUUGUCCCCUCCACUACUAACCUCAAAUCCAUCGGGAACGGAGGAGGAAUUAUAGUGACUGGUUUAGGCGGUUCCCAGAUUAACGUCCCCCCAACCUUCCCUAGUGGAGCCACACCCGGCCCGGGAUCGGGGGGUACCGGCAUGCAAGCUCCUACACUCAACGGAUGUCUGUACAGCGGUAAUCUGUACGUCCAGGGUCAACAGUGGACGGAUGGCUGCCAGCAGACUUGUGUCUGUACUGACGCUACGAAGGGGCUUUAUAAAUGCAGAGCCAGAUGUCCCUCAUAUCAAGGCAUACCGCAAAACUGCAUCAUGAAGGCUGACCCGAACGACCCCUGUUGUAAGAUUCCAGGCUGUAACCCCCUGACCGGCCAGCUGCCUAUCCCAGUGUACGGACCAAACGUUCAGAACAUCGGAGCCGUGCAGCCUCCAAGUAUUGGCGACCUUAUCUCCGGCACCUUCACUGUGAAGCACUCUAUCAACUUUAAUGGUGGCACCGUGGCCCCGCCCACCGCCCCUGCGGUUGUGCCCACUGGAUCAGGAAUAGGGUACUGUAUGUACAAGGGGCAGCGGUACGCUCAGAGUCAAACAUGGCAGGAUGGCUGUGAUUAUAACUGUGUGUGCCAGGAUGCCACGGCCGGGAAAUGGAAGUGUAACGAAAGGUGCUUGAAGUAUGAGAAUCUCCCCCAACCGUAUUGCAAGCUGAUCCAAGACACAGCUAACCCCUGCUGUAAGGUACCUCAUUGUGAUUUCACCGGCAAAUACGGGGAAUUGUUCGGCACCCUAACGCGUCCUCCAGUCACCCAGCCGGCCACACAAUACCCACAGACGCUCCCAGUCAUCACCACGCCCGCCCCAGCGUUUUGUGACUACAAAGGCCAAAAGUACAACCAAGGACAGAUGUGGUAUGAUGCAUGCAGCUUGAAAUGUACCUGUGACAACGCCAGGGCUGGUUACUACAGAUGUGUGAACAGAUGUCCCCAGUACGACAAUGUGCCCGCAGACUGCAGUAUGGUGCCCGACCCACAGGACCCCAUGUGCUGCACGGUCCCCAAAUGUAUGUUCAGCUCAACCUCUGGUGGGACGUCUGGCCAAGGAAAUAUACCUGUUCUAAGCCCGGGCAAUUUCAACAACCAGAAUCCAGGCGGCAAGCCAUCCGGCGUCGGCUACUGCGAAUACAAGGGCACACGGUAUCAGCAAGGUGACAAAUGGCAAGAUGGCUGCCAGCUGAAGUGCGAGUGCCAGGACGAAGACAGUGGUCUGUACAAGUGCACUGAGAGAUGCCCCCGCUUCCCGGAUAUGCCACCCCAGUGCACGCUGAUCCCAGAUUUCACCGACCCCUGCUGCAAAAAGCCGUCAUGUGACUUCACGGGUACUUCUGGGUCUCUGUCAGGUCAUGGUAACCUCAACACUCCACCCCCAGGGUACUUCACCCCUUCCCCCGGCUACACAGGAUCUCCCAUACCAGCCUACUGUGUGUACAAUGGCGCCAAGUAUUUCCAGGGUGCCACAUGGAAUGAUGGCUGUGACAAGCAAUGUCGCUGUGAAGACUCCGUGAAGGGACUGUACGUCUGCAAUGACAGAUGUCCGGCAUACGACAAUCUACCACCAGAGUGCUCCCUAGUAACUGACCCUAAGGAUCAGUGCUGUAGAAUACCUUCCUGUCAGUUUGUACCCACUCAGGGACAGAUUACUGGCACCCUGUCACCUAACAUGAUCCCUACAGCUGUACCCGGUACAAUCACUGGACAAGUUCCUACCCCUACCCCAGGGCCUGAUGGCAAGACUCCAACGCCAAUCAACCACUGCAUCUACAAGAGCCACGUGUACCAACAGGGCCAGGAAUGGGAGGAUGGAUGUACCUACCACUGCACUUGCCAAGACGCACUCAAUGGGAAAUAUGUAUGCAAGGAGAAAUGUGCGCGGUACAACAACCUUCCCCCGCAGUGUACAUUGGUGAAAGAUGCAAGCAACCCCUGUUGCAUGACUCCAGACUGUAUUUUCUCUGGCACAAACGGUCAGAUCUCAGGCAGUGGACAAAUAACACCCAAGCCUAAUGUCACUCCCUCACCAGGAAGUGGAGCCACCCCAAACCCCAAUGUUAGGCCAACGCCUAAACUGCCCAAAUCUGUGUGUAUAUACCGGGGCCAGCCCUAUACACAGAGUCAAACCUGGUUUGAUGGGUGUACCUACAAGUGUGUGUGUGAGAAUGCUGACCAGGGCGUCUACAGAUGUGACAACAGGUGUCCGACAUGGGAUAAGCUGCCGUCCGAGUGUAGUCUCGUGGCUGACCCUAAAGACCCUUUCUGCUGCACGGUACCCAAGUGUGACUUCCAUCCUCAUUCCGGCAACAUCACAGGGUUUGUCCUGCCUUCUGUAGCCCCAGGGACCAUCAAUGGUGGUGCCGUGAUCCCUACUCCAGGGCCUAACGUGACCCCAAUUCCACACCCCGGUGUGUCGCCCUCCCCGGGCUUCUACCCACAGUAUACUCCAGCGCCGUUCCCCCAAGGUGUAUGUGUUUACAAGGGGAAGACAUACCAGAAUGGAGAGCAGUGGCAAGAUGGCUGCGACUACAACUGCGCGUGCCUUGAUGCUGCCGGCAGAUACAAGUGCACAGAGCGGUGUCCCCGCUUCGGCUCCAUCCCUAGUCAGUGUCGGAUGGUGCAAGAUGUCUACAACCCAUGUUGUGAGAAGCCCUACUGUGACUUCACCCCGGGCCAUGGUUCAGUCUCGGGUACCGGUCUACCAGGCGUCUCCCCUAAUGCUUCGCCCAUUCCCAAAAAGAUGUGUGUGUACAAUGGAGUGGCCUACGACAAAGAUCAGACCUGGAAUGAUGGCUGUCAACUCAAGUGUACCUGUGAGGACUCCGUCAAGGGAGUGUACAGAUGCGAUCAGAGAUGUGCUCGGUAUGACACAGUUCCUGAGGGCUGUCGCCUGACUACUAGCCCAAGUGAUUCCUGUUGCCGUGUGCCAUACUGCAGCCCCAUUCCAAAUACAAAUCCUACUCCCGGCCAAGUAACCUAUGCCCCUGGUGUAUCUCCCUCCAUCCCACCAACCUAUGGCCCAGGGAUCAACCCAAACAUUAUUGCCACUCCGAAGCCAUACCUGUUCCCCACUGCACCGCCUGGCAAGAUCACCGGACAGACUGUCAACAACCCCGACAAGAAUAAGCCCCAGAACACGUCUGUGUGUCUAUACAACAAUGUUGUGUAUACACAGGGACAGACAUGGACGGAUGGAUGUGACUACCAGUGUGAAUGCACUGAUCAGCACAACGGCAAAUACACCUGUACAGAGAGGUGUUCAGUUUUCUUAAACCCACCACCCUUCUGUGUAAUGGCCGUGGAUCCCAAUGACAACUGCUGCAAGAAGCCAAUAUGCAACCCGCUCACUGGUUUGACUCCAAGCCCUCAAAACACGCCCGCCCCGACCCCCGGGAGCAACGUGUCACCAGGGUUCAGUCCAACACCCGGGACUGGUGGUGUUUUACCAACACCUACAGGCGUGUGCGUGUACCAAGGAACCAGCUAUGUCCAGGGCCAGCAAUGGUACGAUGGAUGCACAAAGUCCUGUAUAUGUGAAAAUGGGAAAACUGGUUUCUACAGAUGCAGUGACAGGUGUGCCAAAUACGACAACGUUCCACAGCAAUGCCGCAUGGUUGCUGAUCCCAAAGACCCACAGUGCUGUCAGGUUCCUGAGUGUACCCCUACCCCCGGGCCUAAUGGCUACCCCACCCCUGUGCCAGGCGUAUCACCCACGCCCUCAGUCGUGACCAACGUGCCUGGCUUUGUGACUGGAGUUGCUCCCACCCCUACACCUGGACCAGACGGCAAGACACCAGCACCAACACUGGCGUGCAUCUACAAGGGCCACACGUACCGACAGGGAGAAAGAUGGCAAGAUGGCUGCCAGUACAACUGCGUGUGUGAAGACGAAGUGACGGGCAAAUAUAAGUGCAAUGAGAGAUGUGCUAAGUAUCCAUUCAUUCCACCACAAUGUUCACUUCGGAGAGAUACGGACACUGAUUUCUGCUGCUACAAGAUGGUGUGUGACUUCUCCAAACCUACCAUCAACCCAUUCCAGACCCCAACGCCAGGUCCCAACCAGACACCAGGACCUAACGUUACACCUAAUCCCAACCAGACGCCAGGACCCGUGGCAAAUUUCUGUAUGUACAAGGGCGUGCCGUACCGCCAAGGCAAAGAGUGGACGGAGGGGUGCUUACAGAGGUGUCGGUGUGAUGAUGCCUCCAGGAAUUAUUACACAUGCUUCAACAGGUGUCCGAGUUACAACCUACCGCCGUCUACGACGUGCACCCAGGACGUCGACCCCAACGAUGCCUGCUGUCGAAUUCCUCAUUGUGUCCAAACGCCAACGCCAUCUCCCAAUGUGGGACCAAGCUCUAAUCCUAAUGUGAACCCUACACCUAACCCCUAUCCCCAGCCUACGAUUAUUCCUCAUGGCACUAUUGGUGGAGAAAAUGCAAACAAGAACCCACUCACCAACCAAGGGUUCUGUAUCUACAAGGGCCAGAUGUACAAGCAGGGAGACAGAUGGCAAGAUGGCUGUGACUAUAAUUGUGAAUGUGUAGAUGAGAAGAGUGGGAAGUACACAUGUACAGAGAGAUGCAAUAAAAUUGCCAGCAUUCCCGCCUACUGUAACGUCAUUCAGGACCCGUAUGACACAUGUUGCAAGAAGCCAGACUGCCCUACCCUGUCACCACUGCUGACGACCCCGCGGCCAAAUCCCUUUGCCACACAAACACCGAAACCUCCCAACCCUUUCUCGACGCCAAAUCCACAAGGAACACCAACCCCAAAAAAUGCAUGCGUGUACAAGGGACAGCCCUACACACAAGGCCAGCAGUUCUUUGAUGGCUGUAAUAAAAAGUGUGUUUGUGACGAUUCAUCAAGUGGCCACUACUCGUGCGUGGACAGGUGCCCGAGCUACCCCAGCAUCGCCCCUAAUUGUGUCAUGGUGCCAGACCCACUGGACCCCACGUGCUGCCAGGCCCCCCAGUGUAACAACCAGCCCCACCAAACCCCCACUGGAAUACAGGGUACUAUCACGGGCUAUGGCAAGCCGCCUACACCCGCCCCUCAAGCCACUCCAGUCCCAGGAGGCAUCACUCCGACACCCGGUGACCACCAGCAACCGACACCAGCAUCAGGGUGUGUGUACAAGGGCAAACUGUACACACCUGGGCAGAGGUGGGCGGAUGGCUGCGACUACACAUGUGUGUGUGAGGAUGGCAUGACUGGCAAAUACCAGUGCACUGAGAAAUGCCCAAAGUACCCAAACAUGGCACCUGGGUGUCGCAUGAUAGCAGACUUUACCAACCCCUGUUGCAUGACGCCUGACUGCUCGGCCCCAACUCCGGGCCCAGCCAUCAAGCCACCCUCGGGACAAACACCUGCACCUACAUCCUCACCCCCAAUCAACCCUUCUCUAGAUUUCUGUGUGUACAAUGGUGUGCCCAUCAAGCAAAGCCAGACUGUUAACGUUGGGUGUGACAAGGUGUGCAGCUGUGAGGACGCCAAGACAGGCCAGAUCAACUGUGAUGACAGGUGUGCUACAUACCCACAACUGAAGCCUGGAUGUACGAUGAUAACUGACCCCAAUGAUGCUUGCUGUCAAAUUCCAAAGUGCAACAGCCCUAACACCAAUGGUAACCAGCAUAUUCUUACAGGAAUGCCUGGUUCGAUUACUGGACAAAGCUUGCCACCAAGUAACCCCAAUCCUCUGACAAAAACAACAGGCUGUAUGUAUCACGGCCGCACCUACACACAGGGACAGACCUGGGAUGAUGGAUGCACCUACACUUGCGAGUGUCUUGAUGACCACAGCGGCAAAUACAAGUGCAAUGAAAAGUGUGCCAAGACUCCCAACGUACCUGCAAGCUGCAGUUUGAUUCAGGAUCUAAAGAAUAAAUGCUGCAGAGUUGUCUACUGUCCAACCAUUGUUCCCACUCAGACUGUUCUUCUACCAACACCAUAUCCAAUUGGCUACACCCCAUACCCAGGAGCAACACCUUAUCCAGGACCAUCGCUGUAUCCUAUUGGUCAAACACCUUCACCAGGAGCAACACCAUAUCUUGGACCGACGCCAUAUCCCAUUGGAUACACACCCCUCCCAGGUGCUACACCUUAUCCUGGUCCGUCUAAAUACCCAAUUGGAUACACACCUUACCCAGGCGCAACGCCAUAUUUAGGACCAACACCAUAUCCCAUUGGAUAUGUUCCAUUUCCAGGGGCAACACCGUACCCAGGGCCAUCAAAAUAUCCCAUUGGAGCAACUCCUUAUCCAGGAGCAACACCGUACUUAGGACCUACGCCAUACCCCAUAGGAUAUACCCCAUUCCCUGGAGCAACUCCAUAUCCAGGGCCUUCUAAGUACCCUAUUGGAUACACGCCAUUACCAGGUGCAACACCCUAUCUGGGACCAACACCUUACCCAAUUGGAUACACACCAUACCCAGGAGCAACGCCAUAUCCAGGUCCGUCCAAAUAUCCAAUCGGUUACACACCCUCACCUGGAGCUACUCCAUACCUUGGGCCUACUCCAUAUCCAAUUGGCUACACGCCAUACCCUUAUGCCACACCAUACCCAGGACCAUCACAAUAUCCCAUUGGAUAUACUCCAUACCCUGGUGCAACACCAUAUCUUGGACCAACUCCAUACCCAAUUGGUUAUACACCAUACCCAUCUGCUACUCCUUACCCAGGGCCUUCUAAGUACCCAAUAGGCUAUACACCAAGUCCAGGUGCUACCCCAUAUGUUGGACCAACACCUUACCCAAUUGGAUACACACCAUGGCCUGGUGCAACCCCCUACCCCGGACCAACACCAUACCCAAUAGGUUAUACACCUUCACCGGGAGCUACACCAUACCCAGGACCAUCGAUACAGCCUAUUGGAUACACACCAUUCCCUGGAGCUACACCUUACCUUGGACCAACUCCAUGGCCAGUUGGUUACACGCCAUGGCCAUAUGCAACACCUUAUCCUGGACCAUCCAGAUAUCCCAUAGGCUACACUCCAUCUCCUGGUGCAACACCCUACCUCGGACCUACUCCAUAUAAAAUAGGAUAUAUCCCCUUCCCUGGGGCUACACCAUAUCCAGGUCCCUCAAAAUAUCCAAUUGGCUAUACACCAAGUCCUGGUGCCACACCUUACCUUGGACCAACACCAUGGAAAAUAGGAUAUACUCCAUCUCCAGGAGCAACACCUUACCCGGGACCAUCAAAAUAUCCAAUUGGUUACAUUCCAUAUCCUGGUGCAACACCAUACCUCGGACCCACGCCCUAUCCCAUUGGUUACACGCCCUAUCCAAGCGCAACACCUUAUCCUGGGCCAACUAGAUACCCAAUUGGAUACACACCUAGCCCAGGUGCUACCCCAUAUGUUGGACCAACACCUUACCCAAUUGGAUACACACCAUGGCCUGGUGCAACUCCCUACCCCGGACCAACACCAUACCCAAUAGGUUAUACACCUUCACCAGGAGCUACACCAUACCCAGGACCAUCGAUACACCCUAUUGGAUACACACCAUUCCCUGGAGCUACACCUUACCUUGGACCAACUCCAUGGCCAGUUGGUUACACGCCUUAUCCAUCAGCAACACCAUACCCUGGACCAAGCAAAUACCCCAUUGGCUAUACACCAAGCCCAGGAGCUACACCAUAUCUUGGACCAACUCCAUGGCCAAUUGGGUACACCCCAUGGCCUUCAGCUACUCCUUAUCCUGGACCAAAUAGAUAUCCCAUUGGGUACACACCCUCUCCUGGCGCCACACCAUAUCUUGGACCUACUCCAUAUCCCAUAGGCUAUACACCAUGGCCUGGUGCGACACCUUACCCUGGACCAUCGAAAUAUCCUAUUGGCGCAACACCAUAUCCAGGAGCUACUCCUUAUCUUGGACCAACCCCCUGGCAAAUUGGCUAUACUCCGUCUCAAGGAGCAACACCAUACCUUGGUCCAACACCAGUUCCAAUUGGAUAUACUCCAUACCCUGGCGCUAUACCGUACGCUGGACCAUCUAAGUACCCAAUUGGAUAUACACCUAGCCCUGGAGCAAAUCCCUACCUUGGACCAACGCCAUAUCCUAUUGGAUUUGUACCAUCCCCAGGAGCAACACCAUACCCAGGCCCAUCACGAUAUCCAAUUGGCUCAAUUCCAUUUCCAGGUGGAACGCCAUAUUACGGUCCAACACCUUAUCCCAUUGGAUUUAUUCCAUCUCAAGGUGCUACCCCUUACCCAGGGCCAUCUAAGAUGCCCAUUGGAUACACGCCUUUCCCUGGAGCAACACCUUACUUAGGUCCAACACCAUGGCCAAUAGGAUUUACUCCAUCCCCUGGUGCAACACCAUACCCAGGACCAUCACGUUAUCCAAUUGGAUACAUUCCCCCAUACCCAGGAGCUACUCCAUAUGCAGGACCAACACCAUGGCCAGUUGGAUACACUGUGCAACCAGGAGGCACACCAUAUCCGGGACGUACACCAUAUCCGAUUGGCUAUACACCAUGGCCAGGAGCAACGCCUUACCCAGGACCAAACAAAUACCCCAUAGGCUACACACCUAGCCCAGGCGCUACACCUUAUCUUGGACCAACACCUUAUUCUAUUGGCUAUACUCCAUCUCAAGGUGUGACCCCCUAUCCAGGACCAUCUAAAUACCCUAUUGGAUACACGCCGUAUCCUGGUGCCACAAAAUAUGCCGGCCCUACACCUUGGCCAAUAGGAUACACGCCAUCACCAGGUGCUACGCCUUAUCCAGGUCGUACUAUUAAUCCAUUCUCAACACCAUAUCCUGUUGGCGUCACCCCAUGGCCUGGUGCGACGCCCUAUCCCGGACCAUCUAUCUGGCCUAUUGGAAUUACACCAUAUCCAGGGGCCACUGUCUAUCUAGGACCUACGCCAUGGCCGAUAGGAUACACGGUACGCUAUGGGGGCACGCCUUACCCUGGACCUUCUAAGUACCCACUAGGAGCUACGCCUUUCCCAGGAGCUACACCGUACCUGGGUCCAACGCCCUACCCAAUCGGAUACACUCCCUGGCCUGGAGCAACACCAUACCCCGGUCCCACUCUGCCACCAGGAUACACUGUUCAGCCAACGCCAGGACCUACCCCUGUUCCAAGGCCUAAAGGAAUGUGUGUGUACAAGAAUCAGUAUUACCACGAGCAACAAACCUGGUAUGACGGCUGUACCAAGACCUGCCGCUGUGAGAGUGGAGACACAGGAGACGUACGAUGCCAGGAGAGAUGUGCCAAAUACAGUAUGGCUCCCAACUGCAUGCUGAUGCCUGACCCCAAAGAUCCUUCCUGUUGUGAAGUUCCCAGCUGCCCACUAGUUCCGUCCGGAGCAACUCCGACCCCCGGAUACAUCCAUGUGACGGGGAAACCUGGCGUCAUUAGCGGCAAUGGGCCAGUGAAACCUGUGACUCCAGGGCCGACCGUGUAUCCAUACUUCACCCCCGGACCUACUCCGUCACACAACCCCAACGCCACGCCCGCUCCGAAGGCUGGUUGCAUGUACAAGGGCAGUGUAUACAAGCAGGGUGAGAAGUGGGAUGAUGGCUGCGACUACAGCUGCGAGUGUGUGGACGACCACUCUGGACAGUAUCUGUGCUCAGAGAAAUGCCUGCGCGUGCCAAAUCUACCUCAACGUUGUGUCCUUUUGCCGGACCCUAACAACAAAUGUUGUAAAACUCCAUACUGUGACUUCCUCAAUCCGACACCUUUCCCUGGCGGUAUCCCCACGCCCAACCCUGUCCAGAAUCCGUCACUUGCUCCGGGCCAGACCACUCCGGGUACUCCCGGGAUCGGAACAACUCCACUAAGUGCCAACCAUAACAACAAUGUCAACGUUGGGAUGUGUGUCUACAAGGGCAGCUUCUACCGCCAGGAUGACCGCUGGACUGACGGAUGUGAUAAGUCAUGCGUGUGUGACGAUGCUGCUAAUCAGAGAUACACGUGCAGAGAAAGGUGUAAAUCAUUUGGAAGUGUACCUGCUGGUUGCGUCAUGAAGACUAACCCACAAGACUCGUGCUGCCUUGUGCCCGACUGUACCAAACUGCCACUGGUUCCUAUUGCUGUAACCCCUGGGACAGGAGUAGGUCCCUCAGGGUCCAACAUUCCGCCCCACACCACAUAUGGCAGUGGCACCGGCAUGGGAAUCACACCACAUACGGGGACGGGACCAAGUGGGUCCAAUGCGCCUGGUGUAUCUCCAUGGUAUGGACCCGGCUUCAAUGGUUAUGUAGUACCCACAGGUAUCCCUGGUACUUUCUCCGGCACCAGCGGAAAUGGUCCUAACAACCUGAAUCCACAAUAUGGUAGCAUAAUAACAGGUUCUGGAGGUUCGUGUGUGUACAAGGGCGUGACGUACAAGCAGAGCCAGGUCUGGAAUGAUGGAUGUAACUACAAGUGUGAAUGUGUGGACGCUGUCCGAGGAAACUACAAAUGUACAGACAGGUGUCCUCAAUAUUUCUUCCUGCCGCCGCAGUGCAGCUAUGUAACAGAUUCCCGAGACGCGUGCUGCCAACAGGCACGCUGUAACCCAUCAGCAUUCCUCACCCCAAGUCCCGGCUCCUUUGUCACCCCUACCCCGGCUCCAAACGGCAAUCUGACCAACGUUACACCCACCAAUGGCGGGGGAUUUGGGGGCAGUGGUUUACCACCGAGCCCAAGCCCAUCCUUCGGUUCCUUCUCCAACAACCCUACACAUACCCUCAACCCUCAUACUGUGGGAGGUAUUGGGGGGAGCGGGACCCCGCCCGUCAGACACACAACAUACGACAUCUUCACUGGAACCAGGCCACCAAAUACGUGUGUGUACAAGGACGGCACACUGCACACCAAAGGCCAGACCUGGGCAAACGGCUGUAAGGAGACCUGUACCUGUCAGGACUCGGUCACCAACGACAUCAGGUGUAACCAGAGGUGUCCAGUCAUCGCCGCCAUCCCGUCCUUCUGUCAUAUGGUCCAGGACCCUCAAGACACCUGUUGUAAGAAGCCUUCGUGUAACUACCAGGGUACACCUCUCACUCCCAUGAUUGGCAACAAACAACCCACCACAUCACCAACACUCAGUCCUUCAAUCACCAAUGUCCUGCCUAUAGGCACUCACGCUGUAUUCUCUGGCUCCGGCCACCCACCGGGAACAGUCUACUCCACGUCUAUGGGAGGAAGAGAUGUGUGCGUGUACAAUGGUGUGAUGCACAGGCCCGGCGAGACCUGGGACGAUGGCUGCAAGUUUACAUGUACUUGUCAGAUCAAGGGAAAUGGCCUGUACUCAUGCAGUGACAAGUGCCCGACAUUCCCGCCACUGCCGUCGUACUGCCAAUUCAUCCCAGUUGUUGGGCAGUGCUGCCCCAGUCUUCACUGUGACGUACCCAACGUAGGACAGUAUCACCCAGUGCCACAGCUCAACCCAAGCCUCACCCCCAACAUUAGCCCCGGCCAGACUCCCACCAUGCAGCCCACCAACAGCCCGCAGCUUAUCGUUGGACCUGGUCAAGGCAACGUGUUUGGUGGAAGUGGUCAGCCCGGCCAUGGCUCCCUGGUACCCUCCAACCCUACGAUAGUAGGUGGGAUUAAUGACAAGUGUAUCUACAAGAACAAGAUGUACGACCAGGGAGAGAAGUGGGAUGACGGGUGUCAGUACACCUGCACCUGCAUUGAAUCUCAGUCCGGAUUCUACAAAUGUUUGCCUAAAUGUCCAACCUACUCCAAGAGCAUGCUGCCAAAUGGCUGUUACAUGACUCACGCUGUUGGCCAAUGCUGUGAAACUCCCGUGUGUUCUAAGCCUGAUGGUUCAAUAGUCAACCCGUUGUUACAACCAAACGUGUAUCCAGUGUUUGGGUCUUUCUCUGGCGGCUUCACUGGUUUCCGUCCUGGCUACACUCCCGGCAUCUCCGCCACAUACGGCGGCCGAAUAGAUGCCUGUGUGUACAAGGGCAGUCUCUACAGUCAAGGACAGAGGUGGACCGAUGCCUGUGACUAUGAUUGCGAGUGUAUCGAUUCCUCAGUUGGACAAUACAGAUGCACACCCAAGUGCCCUACUUACACCAAGCUGCCCCCUAUGUGCAAGAGUUUGAGCGUGGCUAACAAGUGCUGCCCACAAGUGUCGUGCCAGGGGCAAAACACCACCCCCAAACCUGCAGUUACCACCCCUAGCGGUGUCACUGGUCCCUGUGUGGAUGUGCUGCCCAACUGCGAACUGUAUGAGGACUCGUCCUGUAAGGCUCCUUAUGAAGACUGGGCCAAGAAGAACUGUGCUCGACGCUGCGGGAUCUGUUAUACACCGCCGCCAAACACCGGCUGUCGGGACAAACUGGACAACUGCGCGAGCUAUGGGAAACCAUCAUGCAGCGGCCAGUACCAACAAUGGGCAAAGGUCAACUGUCAGAAGUAUUGUGACCUCUGUCCUAACACUGGCGUGAGUUCCACUCCCCCUGCAGGCUGUGCAGAUAAACUCAACAACUGCAAAGCCUACAGCAGCUAUUCCUGCUCAGGACAAUAUGAGCAAUGGGCAAGGACAAACUGUGCCUCCACCUGUGGAUAUUGCUCUACUGGCACUGGUGUAAAUCAGGGGCAUGGUGGAGGUGUUGGUGUUCCCGCCACCGGCUGGACAAUAUUGAUGAAGGGUGUUGCGGGUGUACCAGGCGACCUGUAUCAGCUGUGGGCAUCCCCCAACACCGCCAGCGCCAAUGUCCCCUCAGCACAAUACCUGACCAGCACCUACCCACAUUCCUACAAAUCCGAUUUGUCUAACCACUGGAACGACUGUAACUUUGAUCAUAUAAAGGUGGGCAUCUUCAACAACGGUGUAGAAAAAGCCAGUAUUGUGUUCGAUGCCCACGGUGCUGACAAGAUGAGCUGGUUUGAUCCCAGCAGAAUCAUCUCCUCCACAUGGUCUGACAUCAAGACUGCCCAGAAGAGCAUCUUCUCUAUGAUGGGAGACCCAAUGACGGGUCGGGAGUUUUAUACCAGCGGCCAGUCGGGCUCCUCAUGCGACGCUUCAGGGUGGAUGAUGAUUUCUACAAGACCCGGAUGCAGCUAUGAAACCAACGGGGCGAAGCCAGCAUUUUACUAUGUACCAGGAACAACCCAAGCGAAAUUCAGCCAGACUCAGCUAGGAUCAGGAGAUGUGUUUGCCAUCCUGGCACAAGGAGGACAGUGCAAUGGCAGUACCAAUCCUCCACCGACAGGCUUCACUUCAAACAGUCAGUUCUGUGUGUACAAGGGCUCCAUCUACCAGCAGGGGGACACGUGGCUGGAUGGUUGCGAGUACAACUGUACUUGCCAGGAUGCAAGCAGUGGAGUCUAUAAGUGCAUAAAUUUGUGUCCAGUGUACCAGGACCUUCCGGCAAGCUGCAAGAUGGUGAAGCAGCCGGGCGAGUGCUGCGCCAAGCCCAACUGUACCAACCCAGCAGGGGCCACGUGCUUUUACAAGGGCAAAUACUACACCCAAGGCCAGACAUGGGAAGACGGCUGUGACUACAAGUGCACAUGCAUGGAUGCCAGCAAGAGCUUCUACCAGUGUACCCUCAAGUGUCUACAGUGGCAACUACCGAAGGUGUGCAAUUUGUUGGCCCCCCCGGCCGGCAAGUGCUGCCCCAUCCCCCACUGUCCACCAGGCUACGUCAUCAACUACCCGCCGAACUACGUGCAGGAGUAGUCUCCCUCGGGAAAUGUAGUCUACUGUAUAUACCAGAUUUGAAAAAAAAUAAAAACGUAUUUGAUAA